AUGUCAGAUUCAUCGAGAUUGUCAAAAUAUACUGGGAAAAAUAUGAAUCUCAUGAACCAACGAUUCCGCUGCCAGGCGCACAGUCACACGUCGUCAAACUGCAACAAAAAAUCAGUAAAUCUCAAAACAAGGCAAAGAAUAUCAUAUGCAAGAGCCCAUAACUUCAGCAAAUCGAACAUUUUCUCAACCCGAAACUAUCAAUUAGACGAUAUCAAAGCAACAGACCAACAAGACGGAUCACUAUCCACUAAGAAGAAACCAAGAGUAUUAAUAGCUGUUCACAAGGAUAUUACUACGGAAGAUACACUACAACCAGCUACUUCAAACAUAAAAGUACUUACCAUCAAGAUCAAAACCACUCCCAAAUUAACGGUCGGAGCAACAUAUUCUCCCCCCCCCUCUCCUCAAUCAAAAUACCAUCUCCCCCUCGAUCUGGACUCUAUCUGCCGCAAAGAACAGGACUCUACAUCAUCGGCGAAACUGCAACAGAUUCAAAAUAAACCAGAAAUUAACAACCACAGCCGACAUAGACAACGAAGCACUCAUCCAGCUAAUUCAAACAUUUUCGAAACGCAACGUCCAAAACUCCAAACGAUUAAUUCUCCUCCGCAAACCCUGUUCUCCAAUACCUCAUCAAAAAUAGAAAUAAACAGGCGGAAGUUCCAAAAAACUGGUUACCUCUUCCACAAUCUACAUAGAAGCUUUUUCUCAAAUCUCAUCCGCAGAAGCCCGAAACCAAAUAUGGCAGGACAAGCUUGCAAACAUCAAGAAAAUGGACUACACACUUUAGUAGACUUUCAAGGCUGCCGGCACCGAAAAACACAAGAUAUUUAA